GUAGCAUUUGGGGGAUGAACUCUGGCGUCUUUGGUUAUUGGAAGGAAUUCUAAGUACAAUAAAAUUAUUAUAUUUUUUCUACCCGGAACCGACGUUGUGGAGGCAGCGGGAAGACGCGAGAGGAAGAAUUAGAGCAGGGCGCGCGUUGCCAUGGCGGAGGAAGAGGCGGUGGUGGAUCGACCCACGGAGGCUGAGGCCUCGCCAGAUGCGUUAAAUGGUGAUAGUUUUAAGAAGCCCUUACUCCCUUUGGCUCCAUUGCAGAAGAAAGAGAAGACUAUUCACUCAAGACACUCAUCAUCCAGCACAGAAACAAGCGAAAAUGUCAAAUUCACUGAGGUAUCUGUAAAGAAUGAGGUGGCAGCUGCAGAGAGCUUUGUGGUGCAGAAGCAAUUUGCUCAGUCUAACUCCGAAGGCAAUUCUGUAGAAGAUCAGCCACUCAUUGAAAAUCUUCAUCCUAAAUCUGCAUUGCCAUUGAUUAAGUCCAGGUCUGUUCCCAGCUUACCGUCUGACAAAUACAAAUCUUGUCCACCACUUCCAUACGUGGAACCACCAUGGGGAGGAUUAGCAGAAACUCCCUACAGUUUUGAAGUCCUCAAGAAUGGCAGCAUUGUCUCAGAUAUUGGUCUGAAUUUGAAGAGCUUUUAUGUUGUUGGAAGGCUUCCUGUCUGCGACAUCUCUCUUGAACAUCCUUCCAUUUCCCGCUACCAUGCUGUGGUGCAGCACAGGCGAGUUGCUGAUGGGGAAAGCGGCACUGGGUUUUAUAUUUAUGACUUGGGGAGCACACAUGGGACAACGGUUAACAAAGAAAAAGUGAAGCCGCAAAGCUACCAUCGACUUAAAGUUGGCCAUGUUAUUAAAUUUGGAGGGAGCACAAGACUUCUGAUUUUACAGGGGCCGGAAGAGGAUGAAGAAGCAGAAUCUGAAUUCACUGUGACCGAACUGAAACAAAUGAGCCAGCAGCAUGAGCAGCUGGAGAAACGAAUGCUGGGAGAAGAUUCGGAUGAAGAAGAUAAUGUCUCCACUGAGUCUGUGGAGCAGCCAAGGAAGCCUGUGACUGAAGCUGCCUCUGGGUGCACGUGGGGAAUUGUGGAAGAUGCUGUGGAGGAUGAAAGUGAAGAGAACCCAUAUUCCAUUGAAUUCCAAGAAGACCGAGAAGCAUUUUAUAUCAAAGACCCUAAGAAAGCACUUCAGGGCUUCUUUGACAGAGAAGGUGAGGAGCUUGAAUAUGAGUAUGAUGAGCGAGGCUCUGGUACUUGGGUCUGCAGAGUCAGGCUACCAGUCACUGAUGCAGUAGGAAAUGAGCUUGUUGCAGAAGUAACACAUGCUGGCAAAAAGAAAGAAGCCAUGGUCCAGUGUUCACUAGAGGCCUGCAGAAUAUUGGAUGCCAGAGGUGUUCUACGCCUAGAGGCAGUUUCUCGGAAACGCAAAUCUAAAAACUGGGAGGCAGAGGAUUUCUAUGACAGUGAUGAAGAUACCUUCUUAGAUCGGACAGGAGUUAUUGAAAAGAAGCGAUUUAACAGAAUGAAGAAAGCAGGAAAAAUAGAAGAGAAAGUGGAGACUUAUGACUCACUGGUUGCCAAGUUAGCUGAUGUGGAAAGAAAAUUGUCUGAUAUUGAAUCCAAUUUGAAGAGAUCUGGCAAAGAUUGUUCACAGCCUUCAGGGGAAGAUUCACUGGAUGCCUUCAUGACAGAUAUUAAAAUGGGUGCUGCCAUGGAUAGUGUCACUCGUAAAAAACUACACAUACAAUCUUUUGAGCUGAAAAAGGAGCAGCAAAGAUUAUGGAAACUAAUAAAGAUUGUGACGCCAGUUGGUCUACCAGAGCUAAAAACAGAGAUUGCUGGACAAACUGGAGACACAGAGACCAAAGCUAAGAAAAUUGCUGUUCCUAUCUUUGGGGCAAUGAAGGGAGGGAAAAAGUUCAAACUGAAGACAGGCACCAUUGGGAGACUACCACCAAAACGUCCUGAACCACCCAGUAAUUUAUUUAACAUGAAGGAUAGUCAAGCUUUUGAGGCUGAGGAGGAGGAGGAGGAGGAACAGGAACAAGAGGAAGUAGCUGAGGAAAAGGACAAGCCAGAUAGCAAGACUCAAGAUCAAGAAAUGGAACAGCAGCCAGAGCCAUUUCAUUCCAAAGAUUCAUCAAAAAAUCACAACCAGGAUGAAGUGAUAACAGAGUCUAAGGAUAUGAAAAGUCAAGGAAAAUCUGUGAAGAAGAAAAUGUAUGGUCCAAAAAAACCUCCUCAACAACUCCCAAUGGAACACUACCCCAGUGAUGAUCCUGAUUACUGUGUUUGGAUGCCCCCUGCAGGUCAAACAGGCGAUGGGAGGACACACCUGAAUGACAAAUAUGGAUAUUGAAGGCUUGAGGCAGGUGUUGCAACCCAAGGGCUUUGACCUCAUCGAAGGAUGUUUGAAGACGUGGCUGUGCCACUACCAUUAUGUUUGGAUUUGGGCAGUGAUGCUUCCCCAAUGCCAUAUUAAAGUUGAUAACAGUACUGCUGCUUAUUUCCCUGCAAUCACAUUUGGACUCCUGCUAUGUGUAAAAUUUCCAUUGACUUUGUACAAUUACUGCCACUCUGGAGACAGGAGAGUAAAUCAUGGUCUUUGCCCUAUGGGCCCUCACAGACAAGAUGUAGCAUGAUGGAGAACAAGUUCACACCAGUAGUUCCUGACAUGGUGAUUGACAUUAUAGUCGAAGUAUCAACUUGAACACUUCCGCCACUGUCUAUCCCUACCCAUCAACUCUAUGUAUAAAGUUGGGGCAGCGUGAGAUGAAAUUGGAACCCUGCACUUGGUGCAUGGGGUGAUCAGGAAUCCCUGCCCUCUCAAGCUAUAAGCAGAGACUCAGAAAUAUUUACAGCAGCAGCUGGUUCGACAAAGGCAAUAGCUGAAAGAGUCUAACUGCCAGUAGCUCGGUAUUCCCAUUGCAUUCAUCAGUGGAAGUCUGGAAUGAGAGGUCUGCAAUAAGUAACCUUAAGUAUGCAGUGUAUUUGUUUCUGGUUAUUACAUGUGCUAUUGUUUCAACAAUCCCAUGAUUUCUUCAGGGCUUGUCCAUAAUUUAUAUCUGUAACAGGAAUGUUUGGGUAUAAUGGGGGAUGUUCUGACUUCACUCUCAACCAAAAGCCUUGUUUAUGUUGGAAUUUCUUGCCAUGUGUCACUGGCCAUUCUCCCAAUAUUAAUAAUAGAGGGGCAUCUGUAAUUCCUGAAAUCUAGUCAGAAAACUGUCUUUGUAUGCAUGCAUAUUUCAUCAACCAUGAUGCGUGGUCACUUUUAAAAGGAUGAGACCAUCCUACUGCUCUGUUAUUCUGGGAAUAAAUGUAUAUUGUUUUGAAUAAUUUUUUGUUUAUAUAAGAUAAUUAUCACAUGUACAGAGAUACAGUGAAAGGCUUUUGUUUGUGAUGUCAUCCAGCCAGGUGGUGCCGAACGUAAUCAAAAGAGAGCUGAAUGCAGAAUAUAGUGUUGCAGUUACUGAGAAAGUACAUUGUACUGAAUUAAGUCAGCUGCUUUCCCAAGGCAGCAAGAAACAUAGACGGACUCAAUGGAGGAGAGGUUGAUUCCUUAAUGCACUGGGCUACAUUCACAGCUCUCUGCAAUUCCUUGCAGUCCUCAGCUGAACACUUGCCAUACCAACCUGUAGUACAUCUGGAUAGGAUGCUUUCUAUGGUCCACCCUUUUAAAAUUGGUAAGAGUCAUUGAGGAUAUGUCAAAUUUCCUCAUCCUGCUGCAGUUUUGGCUUGGAAUGUCUGUGGACAUGGAAUACACUGUGCAAUGCCUAGGUACCUGUAAUUAGAUGUAUCCUUGAUAUUGGUUUCGGUUUGUACCUGUAACUAUUUCAAAACCCUUUGAUUGUCUACUUUUUUACUAUUUAGUAACAUGAGUGCCAGUGUGCCUCAAUUGUUAAUAUUCCCUCACUCAAGCUGGAAACUUCCAAGUUUUGUUGCAUAAUUGAGACAUAAUUUAGGCAAGUAAUGCAAUGCAGUACUGAGGGAAUGCUCCACUGUCAACAGAUACUGGAUAAGAAACCAAGGCCCAGUUUACAGCAUUAAAAGAUUACAAGGCAUUAUUUUCAGAAAGAGCAUUGGUAUCUUCACUAUAUGUGACUUUUGGUACUGUUUUGGUUGUAUUCAUGUGUAUGGUUGAAUGAUAACUGAACUUGAACCAAAACAGACUCCCUACUCCAUAUUCUGCCACAGAAAGAAAAAAAUCUGGGAGGACUAAGGAAUAGUCUCAGAAUACUAAAAGUAAAGUAAGACUGAUGACUGCGCCUACAGGAAAAGAAGGCAUUAUGAACCGAGAAUUUGCAGCUGUUCUCAGAGACCAGGUAGAACUGAUGGAGGGGUAUCCAUGGAUUCUAUGUUAGCCACAACUGCCACCUAAGAACCCCAAGAAGUGGAUUGGAAGUCAAACAUCCUCAAUCCUAAAAGACUAUCUAAAAAGAAAGAACAGUUUGCUGCAUUUCCUACAUUGACUGCAUUUAUAAAGUACUUAACUGCCUUUUGAAAUUUUGUGACAUAUUUAAAGCCAUGGUGUAAGUAUCCCCAUUUUUAAUUUAAUUCUGCAUACGUCAGGUUUUAUAUAUCCUCUUCUUGUUACUCCACUACACUGAGAUAUGACCUGCUCUUGUGUGCUCUAAUCUAAACAGAAAACCUUUAAGUAUAUGUGAGCAUAAUUUUCUAAAUUGUUAAUAGCUGUAUCCCUCCUGAGUUCAAUUGCCUUUCAGAAGGUUAAAGGAAUCUUUUCUUCUACACUUGUAUUCAAAUCAUAGGGGGGGGAAAGCUUAAAAUAUUUAAUGCUAUAUUUUUUGGAAUGGAAUAAUGAGUUUUGUGUUAAAUUCUGCAUAGCAAUAUAACAUAACAAAUGGGAAUAAGAGUAAGACCUUUGGUUCCUGAUCCCACUGAUUCACUCAACAAAAUUAUGUCUGAUCUUCUAUAUCAAUCCCACUUCCCUGUCCAUAUCCGUUGCUUACUCUAAAAUCCCAGAUGCCCAUUAAUCUCAGCUUUCAAAUCAAUAUCUGAGCUUUUGCAGCCCAAGCUUUCACAAUCUAAAUGAAGAAAUUUCUAUGCAUAUCUAUCUUGAAUGGCCUAGUUCUAUUUU